AUGAGUUUAUCCAGCGGAGAUGGAAGCAGUGCUCCUUUAUGGAGUUCUGACAUCUCCGUUGGAAAACUCUAUAACAGGUUAAGGGCUGGGCGUAAUGAUGAGCGGAUUCAAGUGGAAUGUCACAAAGAAUUGAUUUUGAUUUACGCUGAAAAGCUCGGUUGUCCGAAAAUAAUCAAUUCCCUUCAAGUCCUCUUUGCUGGGAGGUUGAAAUCUUAUCUUACAGAUGCAGAAAUAAAUAAUAUUUUCGAAAUAUUAAAUUCAAAUAUCGAUAAAAAUGAUUCAAAAGAAAUAUAUACUUAUAUCAAAUUAUUGCAGGCUCAAUUUCAAAUGUUUGCAUUUAAUGAUCCAGUCAAUGCUCAAAAAAAUUGCGAAGAAAUUCAAGAUUUUUUUCAAACGCCAUCAUUUCGUACAGAUAAGACAUCAAGAGAUAUGUUCAACAUAUACAACACGUUAAAGCUAGCCUUUGCUGAUUUAUCAAAUGACGAAAACGAUAUAGAAAAAUUUACGAAACUUUUGUUGCCAAAUGGGGCAUUUUUUUACACUGACCGUAUUAAGCUUGCGUUUAAUUACGGCACUGCCCUAUACUUUUACCACAAAAGACGUUUCAAAAAGACAAAUCAAAUUCUUUACGAAUUAUUAAUACACUCUCAAACAAAAACCCCACGAGACUAUAGAAUUAUGUUAUUAUAUGUAAUUACAUGUCUUCUUACAGAAAAAUUGAUCGAUCAAACGCUCAUUGAUAGUCAUUCUAAUAUUUCAAUACUCCUAUCGUCAAAUUUUGAUAAGAAUCUUGCCGCCUCUCAAAUUUCGGAAAGUGACACUGAUCUCCGUAUCGGACUUGAACUCCUUGAACAAUUGAAUGAGCACAGAUCUCAAUACAGCGCCAUAGAAAAAGCUCUGAUGCCGUAUUAUCGCGUCAGAAUCAGUUAUGUUGCUAAGGAAACUGGCUUUUCCGAAGAAAUAAUCAAAAAUUACAUAAAAAAUACAGAUUUAUACGCUAUCCAUGGCGAUAUUAUUAUCAGAAAGCCAAAACCAAUUGUAGAUUUGUCUACAGAAAGAGAACUCCUGAAAUCAACUGAAAAAUCUUUUGCUCAAAGAUCUCAUCAUUUCAAAAUCAGAUUUAGCGAUUCAACUGAUUGA